CGACGAUCUUGAAGGGACACGAGAAAGGCGGCUGUUGAUGGAGCAGCACGGGGCCAACAGCGCGCGCAUCUUAGCCUCGCGCAUCCACGACCACUUUGAGCGCACGCGCCGUCGGAUGCCGUCGGUCGACACACCGAGCUUGGACCGACUCGAAGUGCUCAUCGUGCUCGAAGUGCGCGAACUUGUCAAGCACGUGGUUGCACUCCACGCGACGCUCGCGGCUGUCCCCCUCUACGAAGCAAAGCUCCGAGACGAGUGGAAAAGACAUGCUGCGCAGUACGAAUCCGAGAUUCGCGCGUGCAAAACGCAAGCCGAGGCGGCCCUCACCGCCGCCGCCGACCUCCGGCGCCAUAUCGAUCGCGUUCUACAUGCGAUGGCGACAGAGACGAUGCAGCUGCGUCAACAGUACGAGGCCGAGUGGGCCGCCCACCACGCAAAUGAGAUGUGCCGCGUCCUUGACGAGGCAGCGACGCGCGAACGCGAAACUCUCUUGCGCGGCCGCGACGCCAUGCAAGUAGCACUCACCGGCCUCCGGCGUCGCAUGGAGCAUCAAAAGAACGUGGCGCUUGAGCAGCAAGCGGCCGCGCUACGGCGACAUCAUCGAGCCCAGCAGGACCGUCGAACGCUCGAGCUAUCCACUCUUAUCGAAACACAUCCCCUUGUAUCGAUAUAAAACCAUCUAAAUUGUACACAAUUCAAAAACAAAUA